GACACCAAAACUUGAAGUGCAAAGAGGAAAGAGAAGGGUAUGUAUGGGCAGUGGUGUGAUUUGGUCGAAAAGAUAACAACAGAGCCCAACGCUUGUGCCGUUUGCCUUGGAAGGAGAGAAUAAGGGAUUGGGGUAUUUAUAUUUGGACACAUGGCAACGGCUCCCUUCAUUCACGCGCGCUAUGCUUACUCGCCCAGAAUUUGCAAUCGCAGCAAGAGUGCCUCGCAAUCGCAACAAGGCUCCAUACCCUCUUCUUCUCAUCCUUCAUCUUCUAACUCCGCUUUCACUUUCUCUUCUGGUACAAACAGUGGACAGAGACACCAGGGCCUUAGAGCUCAAGCUAUGAGUACUGUCACUGGUGGAAAAUCUUUUGCCAGCAUAGGGAAUGUGAAGAACGACCCUGAUCAUCUCCUUGUUCUUGUUCAUGGUAUUUUAGCUAGCACAGGGGACUGGACUUAUGCAGAAGCAGAGUUGAAAAGGCGUCUGGGAAAAAACUUUUUAAUUUAUGUAAGUUCAUCAAAUGCUUACACUAAGACGUUUACUGGGAUUGAUGGAGCUGGAAAGCGAUUAGCUGAUGAAGUCUUGCAAGUUGUUAAAAAGACUAAGAGCCUGAAAAAAAUCUCCUUUCUAUCUCACUCUUUAGGAGGCUUGUUUGCUAGAUAUGCAAUUGCUGUCCUUUAUUCACCUGAUACCUAUAAUAGGGAUCAGCAGGGUGAUCUAGCAAACAGCAUGACAGAAAACUCCCCGAGAACAAGCUUUUCCAGAGGAGGGAUGAUUGCUGGGUUGGAACCAAUCAAUUUUAUAACUUUAGCAACUCCACAUCUUGGCGUAAGGGGAAGAAAGCAGCUUCCAUUUCUGCUGGGUGUGCCAAUCCUCGAAAAGCUUGCUGCACCUAUAGCUCCUCUUUUUGUUGGUCAGACAGGUAGUCAGCUGUUCCUUACUGAUGGCAAACCCGACAAACCACCUCUUCUAUUGAGAAUGGCUUCUGAUUGUGAAGAUGGAAAGUUUCUAUCUGCACUUGGAGCAUUUAGAUGGCGCAUGAUUUAUGCUAAUGUUUCGUAUGAUCGUAUCCUCUCAGUCUGUUUUCUUGUUUUACAACUUGCUAGGUAUAUCUAUGAUAAACUUUUGGCUCAUUUUCCCUCAAUUUUGCCUCCUCGCCAGUCAUUAGAUGGAUACAAACAUGUGGUUGAUGUGGAAUAUUGUCCUCCUGUCCCUUCUGAUGGCCCUCAAUUUCCUCCAAAAGCAGCGAAAGCAAAGGAGGCAGUACAGAAUGCGCCCAGUACUCAGAAUACUGUGGAAUAUCAUGAGAUUAUAGAAGAUGAGAUGAUACGGGGAUUACAGCAGUUGGGAUGGAAAAAAGUUGAUGUCAGCUUUCACUCAGCAUUCUGGCCUUUUUUUGCUCAUAACAACAUUCAUGUAAAAAAUGAAUGGCUUCACAACGCUGGUGUAGGAGUAAUUGCUCAUGUAGCUGACAGCUUAAGACAGCAAGAAGCAUCAUCAAUUUUGUCUGCUAGCUUGUAACUAGUUCUUCAACUUUCAGAACACAUUGUUUAAGGCGAAGGGAAGGUAAAAAUGAAGGCUAUAUUUUGUCAGAUGGCUUCCUGGAAGUAAUUGCAAUCAGUAGCCUCUAGAAUCCGGUUCGUCUUUGUGACAUUGAGAAUUAAUUUCAAUUAGAGAGGUGUUUCUCUGUAAAGAGUGAUAAUAAAUAAUAAAAAUAACCCAAAAUCUUCAAAUUAGCCCUUUUCAUUCUCGAAAAGACUUUUCUAAUUUGGAUACUAUCUAACAUUUUUUUUUUCGAUUUUCAUUUUAUUUUCAGCAGCCAAACAUGUUCAUGUUGCCUGGCCAGUUGGUGGUAAUUUAACCUUAUCUAGGCAGCUGCAUGCCCACGAACUCGAUCCCUAAAAUUGUGUUACAUGAUCAAUGAACAUUUAUUUCUUUGUUAACUGGAAAAGUUCGUAUAUACAAACAGUUAGUCAUGGAAAUUCCCUUCGACAAGAAUUAAACACUCCUUAUAUUGGAAACAGUUAGUCCCCGAGAUAUUGUUAUUAUUAUUUUUAUUAGAGGAAGGGUUA